CGAAAAGUCGAAAUGUGGGGAAUCACCUUAGGGUUGUCUUGCGAACCUUGUCUCAAAGCAGACAGAUGAAGAUGUUGCACGCUCCUUUCGGAGCGUCAGGGUCUCCUCCAUCUUCCACGACUUUGCAUCGAACGAUCCCCUGGUCAUGGGACGCGAACGACACGUCUUUGGGAUCGUUUUCUGGUGAUUCUCCCUCGCUUAAGGUCGUGGAGAUUGGAGAGGAGGAUGCCGAGAGAGGAAGAGUGUUUCUUUCCCCUCGAGGCUUCAGUGCAAUCGAUGGCGCCUCUUGUACCCUCUUUCGAGGGUGGAAGUGGGAACUCGACGCGUGACUACUCUUGGUUUCUGAAGGGAGACCCACACUGUUGCAGGCGCGUCAUUGGGGCAAUGUUGCGUCUUUCGAAGAAGGGACUUUGCGCGCGGGCGCGGGCGCGCGACUCUUGCUUCGCCCCUCUCGCGUGGAUCUUGCACAGCUUGCUUGGACUUGAUUUCGUUUGGCAUCGACUUGCAAUGAUCGCAGUGCUUUGUCGUACCGUUCGUAUCGACCCCUCGUUGUGCCAAGGUGUCGAAGUGCAAUUUCUGCACUGUGCGAUUGCGAGGAACAAGGGAAUCAUCUGGACAACGCUCUGGGUCGCUUUUGGCCCGUCGACCAAGAUGCACCUUUGUCCCUCCUCUACAUCCCGAGGUUCACACCAUCGAAUACCGUCCUGGCAUCAGACUCCACCGUCUCACGAUUCGAUUCGUGGUUGUAAUAGAAGCGCAUGCUUUUGCGAUUCUUGAUUCGCGAGCGCGCGCGAAGGCGAAGGGCACGACGAUAACGUCUGAAGCAAGCAUGUGGCGGCAUGCAAACGACGCGCGGACCACGUCGAAUGGAGGGGGCCAUCGGGGUGACAUGCAUUGCGGUGCGGACGGCCAAAGCGAAAAGAAAUUGUGCAGCAGCCUUCGUCCGGCUCGUGCGCGCAGCUAACAU